AGAGCAGAAGAGACGGAUCGACAGAGGGUGGGGAGGUAAGAUCAGUGCUGGAGGGUAAUAAAUACACAUGGUCUUUGCAAAGCUCAAGUAAUCUUCUGGACACACUGACACACUGGAGUUUUGUGGGAAAUUACAUGACCAAAAUGCAUCUUCAUCACUUUAACCUGCCUACAUUUGGAUUUUGCACAUUCAUUUUGCUAAUGCUGAUGUACCAGGUAUCUACCGUGCCAGUAGUGACUCCUGAGGUGCGAUCAGAUCUUCAGUCAUCACAUACACUUCAUCGCAAGAUCCGAAUGUCCCCUCUGUGGCGAAUCAUGGGGUUCAAACCAUAUGGAGCCUACUGCCAUGACAACAUAGAGUGUAUUACAGGUUUAUGCAGGAACGGUCAUUGUUCAUUUAAUGAGCCUGUUCAUUCUCAGUGGAUUGGAAGUCAUUCAUGA